UGAUAUAAAUAUAGAAGGCAAAUUAAUUGUGAUGAAAAAUCGUUAAGCAAUCAGGGAAAGUCGUUGAGGUCAUACAUUCACUUGCAAACGGAAUUUACUUAUACGCGGUGUAUUAGUAUGUGAUGUCUAUUACAGAAAGUUAAACAUGUAAAGUUGUUUUAGACACAGAUGGUAAAUAAAACAUUAACCAUAAGUUUUGUCUCAAGCAUCGGGAGGCACAAAAUUCAUUAUUUUUAGAUUUAAAGAUUCAAUGAACCAAGACCUAGGGAUUCCCUUUGUUUAUGAUAUUUUAGGUCCUAUUUUUAUAAAUACUUUUUUAGUUUUAGGUUCAGUUUUAUUGGAAAUCUUGGAGUGUAGGAUUAGAUAAUUUGAGGUUUAUUAUGGUCAUAGGAAAUUUAAUUUCCUACAACUUUGGUGAUCAUUAGAAAUUACGUUGGCUCGAUACUUUUUAAGUUACAGUUAUUUAAACUAGUUGGACCGAAAUUUUAGAGAGAUAUUUUCAUUCCAAUGAUCUCAAUAAAAAUGAUGCAUAGGACAGAAUUAACAUGUAAUCUAUCAUCGCCGGAGAUAGGCCGAGUAAAAACACCAGCGAUGACUAAUUCCCACAUUCCGGUCCCAAAACCGUUCGGCGUUCCCAAUAAAUCAACACUCCACUCGUCAACAAAGCGUGGAAAUUUAAAUACUGCGGACAACAAAGCCCCGCAGAGUCCAACGCUCCAGAGAAUGACCUCGGUUGCCGCUCAAAGGGCCUCCUUCGAACGGUUGGACGCCUCGGCAGCCUCAGCAUCACCAAAAAUUAAUCGAUUUCAUGAUCUGAACUCUCCCAUAAGCAAUUUUCAAACUAAAGACAACGGACAGCAGUUUCCAAUUAAAAAAAUUGUCAGCAAUUCGCGUUACAAUGGCAGCAGUAAUAACAAUAACAAUAAUUUGAACCUUGAAGUCAAUUGGAAGUUAAAGUACGAGGAGUCUGAAAGGAAACGUAAAGUUUUGUUACAAAAAUCUGAAACAGUUAGUCGAGAACACAGCGACCUAGAGAAAAAACACCGACAAUUAUUACGUGAAAAUAGUGCACUGCAGUCACAAAAUCGUGAUAAGGAUGAGCAAUUACAGAAACUACGUACCGUGUCAGAGGCUGUAUGUAAAGAAUACGAACAACUUAAACGUCAAUAUGACGUUGAGACAGGUGCAAUGCACAAAGCAAUGCAACAGGCAUCGCAAUGGUACAAACAAAACCGUCAAUUGAAAAGAAGGUCACAAGUACUUGUUCAGAGGAUCCUUGACUCACGCCCUGAUGCACUGGCCGAUGACUCAUAUCUUUCUGAUGAGGUUGACGCUAACGAUGCGGAUGAUGCUGAAGAACUGCGUCAAACUAUUACAGAAUUGAGUGCUGAAGUUGCGAGACUGCAAACUGAAUUAAAUGCAGCAAGGCUCCAAGAAUUUGAAGCACAGGAACAAGCGGCGCUAACGAAUGCUCGUUUGGAGGAUGAAAAAGAAAUAAGUGAUAAAAACAAUGAAGUUAUCAAACAAUUAACGAUUCACAAAGAGAAUAUGGAACGCGUAUCGCGUAUGGUUGCUGAAGAAGUCCAAGCUCUGAAGGCGCAGUGCGACCGGGAGAGAGAGAGCGCAAAACUGAUGAAGAUUGAAGCUGACAGAAUCCAAAAAGAACGCAAUGUUCUGGCGCAUCAAAGCGCUCUGCUGAUGGCAGAAGUAGGCGACGAUCCGAACGGACGAUUGCUGACGGUCCUUCAAGAAGUUGAGUCACUCAAGCGGCUACUGGAGGAAGAGAAACAAGAGCACUUGGAGCAGAUACAGCUACUGCAGGACAAACUUGAUGAAAAGGAAUCAAAUGUCGAGUUUGAAAUUGUUGAAGAGAAGCUUAAAUUAGCUGAAGUUGAGCUCAAUAUGAUGCAGGAACGAGCAGAACGGGCUGAAAAAGACGUUUUCAAGCUUCAAGAGACUGUUAGAAAGUUAGAAGACAAGAUUAAUCAAUUAGAAACAAUGAGUCUAUCGUCACCACCACCACCACCACCACCUAUGCCGGCUCCGUUACCUCCUCCACCACCACCACUUCCAAGUACGUCACGUACUUCAACUGUCGUUAAAUUGCUUACAAAAGAACGUCUUCAAGAAGAACAGAAUAGACAUUCAGCUAUUGUUGACAUGGAAAAUAUGCUCGGAAUUUCUAAGAAAUCUGUUACGGCUGUACCUCAACAACCUGCUAUUGACGACAUAAUAAAUCAAAUAAAAGGUGGGAGGUUUACUUUGAAGCAAACAGACAAACAACGCGAAGAAGAGAGAAAGCGUAAGCGAGAGAUGGAAAGCGCUCCGGCAGCAGUCUCUGAGAUGUUGAACAUCCUCGGUACAAUGAGACGACGAGCUAAGCCAGUAAGACAGUCGAUAAACUCUUCCGAGCUGGCCAGCUCCCAUGACAAAGGCGCACAAUAAUUAUAAACUCAAA